AUGAGUGAUAACUUAAAACAAACCGUUCUUAAGAUAACAGAGAAUAAGCUAACAAUUAAUUCAAUCGAGUUAAAACAAUUUUAUGAUGAUUUAAUUGAACAACUAGAAGACAUUUCUAAUGAAAAAAAUGUGGCUGGAGAUGAAAGGCACUUAUUAUCUAUUAUCAAAUCUAUAAUUGAAAUCGAUGGUUUAAUACUGACUGAUGAAUUAUUAUCUAAUCAUACACUUUAUGCACUUCUGCGUGAUCAGUUACGUGACAUCAUUUUAAGAUGGAAUGAGAAUAAUACGUUAACUGUAAAUGAAUCUGAUUAUUAUAGAGAUGCAGUAAUAUUAUUUGAAAUAAUGCUUGAAAAAAAUGUUAGUUUUUUUCAAAAACUAAUAUUGAAUGAACAAUUUAUUCAGUCGAUUAUUGCAUGUAUUGAUCAUAUUUCAAAAAAUGAACAACUUUUAAACGAUAAAACUACUAUGAUAAUAUUUAAUAAAUUGUUUCUUACAUUAAAUUAUAAACACUUAUGUUUGUCGUUGUCAUCAACACUGGACGAUUCACAAUUUAUUUCAUUAGUGAAUUCUACGUUAAAUUGUAUUUGUUCACCACAUUAUUAUAAAACGUUUGUGAAUCUUAAUUAUCAAGCAGAUCAAUUACAGCCUGAUGAAUAUUUUUUAUUGAUUAUUUGUCCAUCAUGUUUAGUUAAUUAUGAAGGCAAACAUCAAGAUGAAAUUUAUUGUCGGUUAAUAAAACAAAUGCUAGAAAAAUAUAAAAAAAUUUUAGAUCAUUUUAUUCCUUUUAUUAAUAACUGGAAAUCAGCUAUCAUUAGAUCGAUUACUGAAAGUAUUCUAACUAUUAUACUUCAUGCAACACUUGGUAAAUCCUGUUCAACUGAUUUAUGUCAAGAUUUAUCACUUAUUAACUAUUUAACAAGUAUUAUAAGAGUUCCAAGUUUAAUAGAAAAAGUUAAAUCAUCAACAUAUAAUUAUGAAAUACAACUGAUAGACAUUGUUACAGGAAUUUUAUGUAAUUUAUCUUAUCAUCCAAAUACUUUAUUGGUAAUGAAAAAUAACGAAAUCAUUUUAUCAACAUUUAUGAAUUUGCGUAAUGUUGUUUAUCAUCGAAUUCAAAUUGGAUCUUAUCUUAUAUUAGCUGGAAUUUUAACUGACCAGAAAAUACAAGAAUUAAAUAAUGCUGCUGAAAUCACAUCGAUACUUCUUAAUUAUUUAAAAUUAGCAAUGGAGUCUCCAUCACAAUCGUAUAAUUAUAUAUUAGUUGAAGAAUUACUUUAUGCACUGAGAGGUAAGUAA